CACAGCGCUUCCACGUCUCCCUCCUUAUCUGUGACCCACUCCGUCGUCUUCCCCGGAAACGGUCACGCGACUCGCGAGCUCCCGCCGCCGCCGCCGCCGUCGCCGUCGCCGUCGCGGCCUCCCACCUCUCCCUCUACCCCACCACACUCGCCGCCGGCGAGGCCCUGACGGCGAUCCCCAACACUGCCCCCCGGCGGCUGCCGUUGGAUCGUGGGAGGGAGGAUUGGCCGGUUGUACUACAGUUGAGGGAGGGAGGAGCUACCGUUUGUGAUCCGCCGCCUGCGACCGGGCGUCCCCGUAGUUAGAUCCGGCUCGACCACCACGGCCUCCGGCGCUCUGAGCGGCUGCUCUGUGUGAGAGGCCCUGCUGCUGAAAGAGAAUCCAUGGCCGCGGCGAGCGGACCGUGGCUGCUCGUCGUGGUCGUGGCUUGGGUCUUGGGCGUUGCGGCCGCCUCGUCGUCGUCGUCAUCGCCUGGGCAGGCAGGUACCAGCCAGAAAUUCAACAAGUGUAUGCCGUGCUCUAGGAGAUAUGUCGCUGAUUCAUACCUCGAUACCUUGAUCGGCCAGCUUGCUCAACAUCGUGACUUGACUGAAACAUCUGAUUCUGCUGACUCAUGCAAAGGACUUGAUUAUGAUCUUGAUGCACCCAUGCUUACAGAAUUGCACUCGGAACUGGUUGGUGAAGGUUCUCAUCGCCGUCUAGUCUAUCAUGUGGAAUUUGCUAACUGUGCAGAUGCUAUGGUUAAUUUCCUUGAUAACUAUGAUGCCAAUCUGGUGGUAAUAGAAAAUCUCCCGAAUGGUGUGUUUGCUGACCCAUUUGAGCUACAACAUUUUGUUGAGCGGAAAGUAUAUCUUGAUAUGGUUGUUUUCGGAGACACCAACCUUGAACUGCCUUCGGCUCUAUCCAACCGGUCAUCUGUGGAAAUCCAUGUUGAUCUCGCACCACUUGCAUCGAUGAACUGUAACCUUGUAAUAGACCUGCCUCUCCAUGCUAGAUACCCACCUCUUGAUGCCAGUGGUUAUGCGACGGUUGAGUUUGGUAGCCCAGAUCUGCUUCUACGUUACAGAAAGAAGGAUACUGUUCCUGAAUCCUGCUCAUGGUUGCUUAAAGAUCUUGAUGCUGCACCUGUGGAGAAAGCUACAUGGCGCAUACCCUGUGGAGACGAAGCGCACAUAGGAUUUGUAUCUAGUAUCACUUUUCUUUCAGCUCUAGUUUGCUCAAUUUUAAUAGUCAUAGCUGCCCUAUUUUAUUGAUGUCAAAACUGAAAUGCAAGACAAGUUGGAUUAUUUCGUCCAAAUCAAAAUAUGUUAUGUGAUUACUUUUUCAGACAUUUAUAACCCCAUUAUCUUGUUCAUGUCUAGAACACAAUCAAAGGGAAAGUUCCUUGCAGUUGAAGUUGCAAACCUGCAGUCGACUGACCACUGAUAACUGACCAUGGCAUCUGCCUGCAACAUCACAAGGAGUUAUAAAAGGAAAAGAAUAAUUUCCUUCAUGAGGGCAGGAAGGAAUGCCCAGUUGCUGAAUUCUGAGUUGAUCUGGAUCAGAAGCUACCCUAUUCUAUUGUCUUGGAAGCAGCCAAGCAGGUGAAGCAUGAAUUGGAAGCUUGUGUUAACAACUCUACUCCUUUUGUCUUUGCACGCUUAAUAGACUGGCACAUACAGUCAUUCUCUGUUUAUAAAAAUCCAGAGCUGUCCCAUUUUUAAUUUCA